UCCUUGGAAAGUGGAAUUGUGGGAGAUCAUGGCGGCGGCCUUGGUCGCCCGGAGUCCCAGAGUCCUGACAAUGUCACGAUCUGGCAUAACUGCUGUAGCCACAUCUCUUUUUCUGGCCCAGUCUCACCGCCACCUUCAUCAUGCUGUUAUACCUCAUGGGAAAGGUGGACGCUCCUCAGUCAGUGGGAUUGUGGCUACUGUAUUUGGAGCAACAGGAUUCUUGGGUCGUUAUGUCGUCAAUCACCUUGGACGCAUGGGAUCACAGGUUAUUGUUCCCUAUCGGUGUGAACCUUACGAUUUCACAUAUCUUCGACCUAUGGGUGACCUUGGCCAGAUUAUUUUUCUGGAAUGGAAUGCCAAGGACAAAAGUUCUAUCCAGAGGGCACUGGAGCACAGUAAUGUUGUCAUCAAUCUCAUAGGACGAGACUGGGAAACUAGAAAUUUCGACUUUACAGAUGUCUUUGCAGACAUUCCUGAGUCAAUAGCCCAGGUGGCCAAAGAAGCUGGAGUAGAAACAUUUAUUCAUGUUUCUCAUCUCAAUGCUGAUAUCAAAAGCACUUCUAAAUACCUGAGAAAUAAGGCUGUUGGAGAGAAAGCAGUGAGAGAGGCUUUUCCUGAAGCCAUUAUCCUGAAGCCCUCUGACAUUUUUGGAAGAGAGGAUAGAUUACUCAAUUAUUUCGCAAACAACCGUUGGUUUGGUGGUGUUCCUCUCAUUUCGAUGGGGAGAAAUACAGUGAAACAACCAGUAUAUGUAGUGGAUGUAUCCAAAGCCAUUGUCAAUGCUAUUAAGGAUCCAGAUGCCCGAGGGAAGACCUAUGCCAUCACUGGGCCGAAUCGGUACCUCUUAUAUGAUUUCGUGCAGUAUAUCUUUGCUGUGGCUCACAGACCAUACCUUCCAUAUAGCAUACCACGUUUUGCCUAUCAAUUGGUGGCAAAAAUCUUUGAGAUGAGUCCCUUUGAACCUUGGACCACAAGGGACAAAAUAGAGCGAAUUCACAUCAGUGACAAGAAUUUGCCUCAUCUGCCUGGCUUAGAAGACCUUGGUGUUGAGCCCACUCCCUUAGAACUCAAAGCCAUUGAAGUUCUUCGACGUCAUCGCACUUACCGAUGGUUGUCUGCUGAACCAGAUGAAACAAAGCCAGCCAAAACAGUCAGCUUCUAAUGUUCCCCAGGCAGUCUUGUGUUUUCCAUUUGUUCAUGUGUAACUUGCCCAACAACUGAUUAUCUUCAGAGAAUUCUGUGCCCAAUGGAUCAGAUUUCUCAAUUAAAGCUUAUAAGAUUAA